GUGUACCCGUGAGGACGACAUGACAGCAAAAUAUAAACAAGAGCAUGGCGGCAUCAGAGAUAUGAGGAAGGAAGAGAAUAAUAAAUAUUCUCUCUCUCUCUCUCUGACAUUCCACCGAAAAAGUUGAAAUUUCAACUCUCUAAACCUCGAUCUAUUUCUGGACUUAUCGUAUCUCUACAUUUACGCUUGUCUUCCAUUUUUCUGUUCUCUGUCUCCUUCCGAGGAAUCCCAUUCCGACACAAACCCCUAGAGAGAGAGAGAGAGAGAGAGAGAGAGCUGUUUUUUUUAUUAGGAGUAAAGAAAAAUGGAUGGAGGUCUGUCUGUUAACGAAUUAAAUGGUGGUGGUUCGGAUGCCGAUGUUGCUUUUGACACAACGAUAGAGGAGCUAUGCAAGAAUCUCUGCGAGCUGCGGAGCUCUACUAAUCACUCUCCUUCGAGGCAGAGCUUUGGAUCGUACGGUGACGAGGAGUCAAAGAUUGAUUCUGAUCUACAGCACCUUGCUCUAGGAGAGUCACCGGAUCUAGACAUAACCGAAGAAGAUGAAGAAGAGGAGGAGGAGGUUGACACGGUGAUUGACACGGUGAGACCAGCAAGUGCUGCUGCUGCUAAGCCAAGCUCCUCUGAGGUCAUCACGCCGAAGGAUACGGAGAAACAAGUUGGUAAGAAGAAUGCAAACAUGGGACUUGGUAACGCCACAAGGAAGAAGAAGAAAGUACAGAAUGGCGGUGGGAAUGAAGAACCAUCAUCCGAGCUGGCACGUUUCUUACUGAACCAAGCGAGAAACUUGAUCAGCUCUGGCGAGAGUAUCAACAAAGCUCUAGAGUUAUCUCUUAGAGCAUCUAAGCUGUUCGAGGCUUCUGCUGAUAAAAAGAAACCGUGUUUGGAACAGAUCAUGUGUCUGCACGUUACAGCAGCUAUCUACUGCAAGCUAAAAGAGUACAACGAGGCCAUACCAAUUCUGCAGCGCUCCAUCGAGCUCCCGGUUGUCGAAGAAGGUUAUGCGCUGGCCAAAUUCGCUGGACUGAUGCAGUUAGGCGACACUUACGCCAUGACGGGACAGCUAGAGAACUCGGUGUCAUGUUACACCGAGGGGUUAACAAUCCAGAAGAAGUUUCUUGGAGAAAACGACCCAAGAGUCGGUGAAACGUGCAGAUACUUAGCCGAGGCUCUGGUCCAAGCCUUACGUUUCGACGAAGCUGAGAAGCUCUGCCAAACGGCUCUCUCUAUCCACCGACAAAACGGUUCGCCAGGCUCCAUCGCCGAGGCAGCGGACAGAAGACUCAUGGGACUUAUAUGCGAGACCAAAGGAGACCACGAGAACGCCUUGGAGCAUUUGGUGUUAGCCAGCAUGGCCAUGUCAUCAGCAAACGGACGAGAAGAAGAUGACUCCGAGGUCGCUUUCGUCGACGCCAGCAUCGGAGACUCCUACUUGUCUCUGUCCCGUUUCGACGAAGCCAUCUCUGCUUACCACAAGUCUCUCACCGCGUUGAAGACAGCAAAGGGAGAGAACCAUCCAUCAGUUGGUUCGGUUUACAUCCGUUUAGCCGAUCUCUACAACCGAACCGGUAAAACGAGAGAAGCCAAGUCUUACAUUGACAACGCUCUACGGAUAUACGACGAGUCGCAACAUACUCUGGAGAUCUCUCCCGAGGAGAUUGCUAGCGGUCUUACGGAGAUCUCGGUGAUAUGCGAGUCUAUGAACGAGGUGGAACGAGCUGUGACGUUGCUGCAAAAGGCGUUGAAGAUAUACGGUGAUGGUGGUCCUGGUCAGAAGAUGAUGGUUGUUGGUAUCGAAGCUCAGAUGGGAGUGUUGUACUAUAUGAUGGGGAAGUACUUGGACUCGUACAACACGUUUAAGAGCGCGGUCUCGAAGCUACGCGGGACAGGGACGGGGAAGAAACAGUCGACGUUUUACGGGAUCGCGGUUAACCAAAUGGGUUUGGCUUGCGUUCAGCUUGGUGAGAUUGAAGAGGGUGUUGAGUUGUUUGAAGAAGCUAAAUGUGUGUUGGAACAAGAAUGUGGUAUGUAUCACCCGGAGACGCUUGGAGUGUACAAUAACCUCGCAGGAGCUUAUGAUGCAAUUGGGAGGUUGGAGGAUGCGAUUGCGUUGCUAGGACAUGUGGUUGGGGCUAGGGAGGAGAAGCUCGGAACAGCGAACGUUGAUACAGAAGAGGAGAAGGGAAGGUUGGUGCAGCUGUUGAAAGAAGCUGGUAAGGUUACAGGAAGGAAAGCUAAGUCUCUCCAGACUCUAAUUGAUUCUGAUCUCAUGACUUCUUCACAUCUUCGUUAAAACCUACUAAUGUUUCUUUUAAUUUAUAGAAAUGUGAAUACAUUAUUAUUUAUGGUUAUA